UUGCUAAAACCCUUUGUUGGCAAUGGGUCGCAAGAAGAUUCCCCUCAAGUGCAUCAACAAUGAGUCGAGCCGACACCGUACCUUGGAGACGCGCCGCAAGAACUUGGCAAGUAAGGCAGGUGAGCUUUCUAUCCUGUGCAAUGCGAAGGCUUGCGUGUUGGUGUACGACGAGGGCGAUGCGGCACCAAAGGUGUACUCAUCCCAUUCCGAGGCGGUGGAUAUGCUCAAUCGAUACAAAACCAUGCCAGAGGGGUGGUUCAAGACGGCGGUGAACCAAGAAGACUUCCUCAACAAGCAGCUCAACAAGCUCCAGGUCGAGGAAAACAAGGUCCGAGACCCCGAGAUCAGGAUCCUGCUACACAAAGCCAUGGUAGGCAGCGACCUCCCCGACCUCAAGGUCGAUGAGCUCGCCAGCGUCAGUAGUAGGCUGGAAGAGAUCCUUAAGAGCAUGGGUGAAAGCAUCAUGAAAAUUAGGGGACAACCACGUGUCUUGCAGCCCCAGGCACCAUAUGUCCCCGACAACAUGGACAUGGGGUCAUCGGCGAUGCAUCACACGUCGCUGCCAGCUCCAUACGUCACUGACAACGUGGACAUGGGGUCUCCGGCGAUGUAUCCACCGUCGCCCAUUCCAUACGCCAUCGGCGGCAAUCACAUGGGGUUUCCAAGGAUGUAUCACGCACCGUCGCCCACUCCAUACGCCAUCGACAACAUGGAGAUCGGAUCUCCGGUGAUGAAUGGGGCGUCGUCGCCCACUCCACAAGUCACUGGUAGCAUGCACAUGGGGUCUCCAGCGCUGUAUCAGGUGCUGCCGCAGCAGGUGGGUUGGUUCGACACGGUGAGAUUUGGAAGGGACCUCGAUGUACUGGCCCACAAUGGCUAUAACACCAAUGGGCAAGACGGUGUUGGCACCAGCGCCAGCGCCAGCGCCGGCUAUAGCUCCAAUGGGCAUGAUGGCGCUGGUACCAGCGCCAACACCGGCUCUUCCGAUGGGAUAAAGUCCUGGGAUGUGGGGUUUAAUUGGCAAUCGGGCGGCGUCGAUCCUGAAGAAUCAUCUUGGAAUCUUUUCCCUCCAAUUUAAGGUAGAAUGGAGAGGACUCUCUUCCUGUAGUGUGUAGCACAGGUCCGGCUAGGUGCGUCUUGUUUAGUUUGAUUUAGCUUGGCAUAGCUAAGAUGCAGGAAAGACUGCCUUAAUAAGUUGAGACAUUUUGUCUCUCGAUGGUGCUCUCUGAGCCAAGAAAUUUUUAUUUUAGUAGUUGAAAGUGUUGUUAUGGAUCUCUUCCAUGGUCCAUUCUGCCAUCUCUUUUUAUUUUAGUCGUUGAAAUUGUUA